AUGGUUAAUGAUGUUCCUUUUUAUAUUAGAAAAUCAUUGAAAACAACAAAUUUACCUCCGAUUCUAUUUCUUCAUGGUCUUAGUCUGGGAACAAAUAGUUAUAUUUUAUUUGUUCAUCGUUUGUCAUUACUCGAUCGUACAAUCAUUCUUCUGGAUAUUCCUCACGCAAGUAUGCGUAUACAGACGGAAAUUCUUCCUUUGUCAAGUAUUCUUUCAUCAGUUGAAGAAUUAUUAAAUGCAUUUGAUGUUAAAAAAGUUAAUAUUAUCAGUCAUAGCUAUGGCUCAA